UGCUUACUCCAUCACAACACAACACAACACAAUCCAUUCUUCUCCUUGUUCUUGUUUUCAGCUCAACUCCAAUUUUUGUUCCAUGGCUUCCAAGCUCCCCACCGCGGCGCCUCUCGACGUCGAAAACCUCGAAGAAUUCGACUACUCCACGCGCUCCCAGUGGCUCCGCGCGGCCGUCCUCGGCGCCAACGAUGGCCUCGUCUCCACCGCCUCCCUCAUGAUGGGCGUCGGCGCCGUCAAGCAGGACGUCAAGGCGAUGAUCCUCACUGGCUUCGCCGGCCUCAUCGCCGGCGCCUGCUCCAUGGCCAUCGGCGAGUUCGUCUCCGUCUACUCCCAGCGCGACAUCGAGCUAGCGCAGAUGAAGCGCGGUUCGGCCGGAGGAGAAGCCGACAAGGAGGGGCUGCCGAAUCCGUUGCAGGCGGCGGCGGCCUCGGCGCUGGCCUUUUCCAUGGGAGCGAUGGUGCCGCUGCUGGCGGCGAGCUUUAUAAGGGAGUAUAAGGUGAGGGUGGGGGUCGUGGUGGCGGCGGUGACGCUGGCGCUGGCGGUGUUCGGGUGGCUCGGGGCGGUGCUGGGGAGGGCGCCGGUGGCCAGGUCGGCGGCGAGGGUUUUGAUAGGAGGGUGGCUGGCGAUGGCUGUCACGUUUGGACUUACUAAGUUGAUUGGAUCAAAUGGAUUGUGAAUUUUUCGGUCUAAAAAAAUUGAAAAAAUAUUUGUGUGUUGAAAUGUUUUUAAAAAUGGAUCUGAAUCCGCUGGUUUAAUCGGUUAAAACGUGAACCGGUGCGUUGCUCGGUCUGAUUUAAUGAUAAAAAUCUUUGGAUCGGGAAAAUCGGACAGUUUGAUCGUGAACCAUAGGCUGGUUGAACCAAAGGAAUGUACUAAUGUAUGUGAUUAAUUUUGUUUAAUUUAAGGAAUUAGAUUCUAA